AUGUCUGGGUAUGAACUCGUCUCUCAAUUCACUGAAGAUGCGUUCGCUAAAGACGAUCGAGUGUGUGAACGUCCCGCCUGCAGCUCCAAGAUCUUGAAGGGCGACCCCUGUUUUUACGUCGCCACUGUGGACCCAGGAACACCAGGACGUUAUGUCUGUGGUCCUUGUCACAGACGAUAUCAGGGCAAGUUAGCUACAACAGUGAGACCCUGCUGUGAGUUGCCAGAUCCGCACAUCAUCUGGCAGUCUGUGAACGCUGCACAGAGAAAGUCAACGAUCAAUCCACCACCUGUUGUGGCUAUGGCUCACAUUGCACGCCCCAUGCCAGGUCCCAGUGUCAACAUUCCAUCAACGUGGCAACACUCACAGCACCCAUUUCAGGCCUGA